AUGGAGCUUUGGUCCAAGCAAAAAAUGGUGGCGAGAAAGCGAGUCAAGUACUUCGUGGUUGAUGCUUUCGCUGACUCCGCCUUCAAGGGCAAUCCAGCUGCUGUUUGCUUUCUCGAUGAUGAUGAUCAGAGAGACGACGCUUGGCUUCAGUCUCUCGCCACCGAGUUCAACUUGUCCGAGACUUGUUUCCUUACUCCGAUCACCGUCUCCGAUGAUCAAGUUCUCCCUCGCUUUAGUCUCCGGUGGUUCACUCCAGUCGCUGAGGUGGAUCUGUGUGGUCAUGCGACUUUAGCCUCUGCUCACGUUAUCUUCACAAACGGUUUGGUUGAUUCAGAGGUAGUUGAGUUCGCCACAAGAUCAGGGAUCCUAACAGCUAAGCGUGUUCCACUUACUGAAGAAGGAUCAACCUUUUUGAUUGAAUUGGAUUUCCCAGUUGUUCCAACUUGUGAAGUCAACUCCACUACUGAUCUCUCGGUGUUCUCUAAUGCUGUGAAUGGAGCUGAUAUUGUUGAUAUUAAAGCCACAGAGAAAGACGUCCUCGUUGUGCUUUCGUCGUGGGAGUCUGUUACUGAGUUGCAGCCAAGAAUAGAUGAGAUAUCGAAAUGUUCUUGCGAAGGACUGAUGGUGUCCGCUGCUGCUUCUGCUGGAUCUCAAUAUGAUUUCUGUAGUCGCUACUUUGCUCCUAACUUUGGAAUCAAUGAGGAUCCAGUUACUGGAAGUGCGCAUUGUGCCUUAGCACAUUACUGGAGCACCAAGAUGAACAAGUGUGAUUUCUUAGCCUACCAGGCUUCAAGCAGGGGAGGAACGCUCAAUGUUCACCUGGACAAAGAGAAGCAGAGGGUUCUGCUGAGAGGCAAAGCAAUCACUGUUAUGGAAGGAUGUGUCUUAGUUUGAUUUUGGUUUAUUAUAAAAUCAGCCUCUCCUUGUGAACGAUGAAAUGAAAUAAAGGAAGCUAUCUUCUUGAAGAUAUGUUUGUAUCCAUUAAUAUUUGAAUUUGCUUAUGAUGAUGAUGAGAUGACAGGGUUGUCUGUACUGUA